AUGAGCUGGCAACUGCUUCACUUCUUUCUCCGGGACGAUGUCGACGCUUUCUCCCGCCUCCUGGCCGGCGCCACGUUCACCACCGCGCCUGCACCUCCCGGCACCAACGCCAGCAGCAGCAACACCAACAAUGCAUACAAGAACUCCUCCGCGGUGAUAGGCGCCUCGUCUCUUUCAUACGGCUCGCCAACAGCCUUCUCCAAGCACCGCCGGAAGUCGUCCAUUUCGUUUUCCUUCUCUCCGGCAGACCGGCAGGCCUUGGCCAAUACGACGCUGACACGGAAUGACAUCAAUGCCAGAGAUAAGCAUGGCCGGACUCUGAUGCACCUCAUUGCUUCCUCGGAUAAGGAGAGUGCAUACGGGUUUGCAUCUGCUUUGUUGGCGGUUCCAGUGCCCUUUUUGGAUAUAUACAUACAGGACGCCGAGAGUGGGUGGACAUGCUUGCACAGGGCCCUCUAUGCUGGAAAUAUAUCUAUUGCACAAGCAAUACUACAUAGAGAUGGUAGUGGUGGUCUGGUCAAGAUCAAAGACAGGGAAGGCAACAGCCCCUUUGAAGUCUUCCAUUCUAGUGUGGUAUACGAUACCCCGGUGGACACAAGAAAGGCACAAGACGAUAGUGAGGAUGAAGAGAGUGUCGAGGCAGACGAUGAAGUCGGAGGAGAGCAGUACGGUAAUGUCAAGUCCGUUGCUCCACGAGUUAGCUUAGACGGCGACGAGCUGUUCACUUUUGGAAGCAACAAGAACCUCUCGCUGGGCGUGGGGGACAGUGAUGAUCGUCAAUUCCCUGAACGCAUCACUUUGCCUCGUUCAGAGGCCUUGAUACAUCGUUUUUACGAAGAGAAAUAUGAAGAUUCGCCUGAGUCUGAAACACCAGAGGAGAUCCCGUUCCUUGUCCGGGCUACGCCCCUCAUCGUGCAGGACGUGGCCAUGUCCAAGCUACACACUGCCAUCCUCACCACAGACCCCUGCAGUAACUUGUACAUGUGUGGGUUUGGCCCUGGUGGAAGGCUUGGGACUGGACACGAGGGAACAUCUUUUAGCCCAGUGUGCGUGGACUCUGGUGCUAUCGCGGGCAAACGUAUCACUAGCGUUGCUCUCGGCCUAGACCACACCAUCGCCAUCUCAGACCAGGGCGAGGUCUUCUCCUGGGGAAGCAACAAACACGGCCAACUAGGCUAUACUUUGCCCAAAACUAAGCCGACUGCAAGCUCACCCAACGACGUUCCCACUCAACUGUCUCCCCGCCAGAUUUUCAACCCGUUCAAGCGAGACCGUAUCCUAGGUGCAGCUGCCUCUUCUAUCCAUUCCGCUGUCUUCACUUCAUCUGCCCUGUAUACUUUUGGCCGCAAUGAUGGCCAGCUUGGGCUCAUGGAUGCGGAUGCUAGGUCUCUCACCACACAGCCCAUACCUCGCAAAGUGGGAGCUUCGUUGUUUAGUGUGCCUAUCUCUUCAGUGUGUGCUAUAGAGCGAGCCACGGUCGUCUUGCUAGAAAACCAUGAGGUCUGGGUAUUUACACAUUAUGGCUACUCAAGGCUCAUCUUCCCGUUAACCGUGUCGGUAUCCAACUUCAUCCGUAGCAGCUUUAUGGCUACACGAUACGGUGCCGGAGAGAUCUAUGUGACUAAGAUACGUGCAGGUGGAAACACCAUCUGUGCCCUCUCAAACGGAGGUGAAGUCUUCACCGUUUCCGUUCCCGGGCGGCGUGAGGAAGAAAGAGAUAGAGACGGUAGCAAGCAAAUGUCGACUUCAGCUUCAGCUUCGGCAUCAACCACAAACCCCGCAAAGAUUCGGAACUCUCUUCCACAGCCUACUCGUACCUGGGCAGUUAAGAAGAGCCAUAUGGCCGUUUGUGAUGUUGAUGUUGGACAGGAUGGUUCCAUAAUCAUUUGCACUAAAUCUGGCACAGCAUGGCUGAAAGAACGAAGAGCGGGUAUCAAACCCACUGUUACAGCUGUGGCAGCCGGCAAGGAGUAUAAAUUCGCCCGAGUCCCUAACAUAUCUCGUGCCGUCGGGGUACGCAGCAACGCAUUUGGCGCUUAUGCCGUCAUCCAGCGUACCUGCGAUGUAGCCAGACGAAAUAUCUUGGUUGACGAGCCGAGAUUAAGGGCUGAUAUUAGACCCCUAAUACCCUUUGGAGAAAUCAUAGAGAUUAUUAAUGAAGGGCAGGGAAGAAUUGACAUCCGCAAACCGAUAUCUCCCUACAAGAGCAAAGACGCAGAUGAGGGUGCUGAUGUCGACGUUGAAAAAGAGAUGAGUUCCUUACUUGAUACCCAAAUAGCUUCUUCAUCUCUUUCCAGUCCGUCUAUCGCUUGGCUAUCUACCUCCCUAAGUGACACUCGCAUCCCUGUACAUGAGUUCAUGCUCUCAUCUCGCAGCCCUAUCCUUCGCAAUGCUCUCUCCACCUUCAGGAAAGAGUACUACUUCAGUCUUCCGGGGGCUAUGUCUAUCGAGUAUGAUAAGGCCGGUCAAGUGCAUCUUUUAUUGACCAAUAUUUCCUUCCUAGCACUUUUCAACUUGGCCGUAUACCUAUAUACGGAUAGGCUGUACGACGUCUGGCUCAGAAACCGGAACGAUAAGAAGCAGACAGAUGCAACCCUGGCCAAUGCAGCCUUAUACCGCCAGGUCCGUAUUGAGGUACUCAAACUAGCGGCUGCAUUGGAUAUGUCGGGGCUUGAACGUGCAGCAAGAAUAAUGACCCAGCCAGCAACAAGUCUGCCUAAUGACAUGGCCACUGCCAUCAAAGACACGUCCUUCUUUGACACAGCUGAUGUACUAAUUGAACUCAGUGGAGACGAAGAAGUCAAGGCACACAGUCAUAUCCUAUAUAGCCGAUGCACUUUCUUUGACGGCCUCUUCAGAGGCCGAGCAGGUGGCCGCUGGCUACACGCGAGAGUUUCUGGUACGGAACGGGAAGUCCCUGAACCCAUACACGUUGAUUUAUCUCAUGUGGAGCCUAGUGUAUGGGAUUUCGUUAUGCGAUAUUUAUACUCGGAUAUCGAUGAAGAGUUAUUCGACAACGUGAAUGUUUCCAACACCGAUGCAUUCAUGGAUAUAGUCAUCGAUGUGCUAAGCGUUGCAAAUGAGUUGAUGAUUGACCGGCUGGCGCAAAUAUGUCAACGGAGGUUAAGUACAUUCGUUACCAUACAGAACGUAUGUCAACUUCUUAACGCAGUGAUGCCGUGUUCCGUGAAGGAAUUCAAACGAGCAGCGUUAGAAUUCAUAUGUUUUAAUCUCGAGAUCAUGCUUGAACACAGAUUACUUGAUGAGCUCGAUCCGGACUUGCGUUGGGAACUUGAUCAAAUGUGCCAGGAUAAGCAACUUACCUCUCAGCCCAUCUCACGCGGCCGUAACCCUGCAUCCUUCCUUGCCGAGCGCUAUCCAGAAGUUGUCCCACUUAUUGAGCAGGAUAAGAAUUGCCGUGUUGAUGCAAUGAAGCUUCGCUCUCAUUUACAUGAAGAUGAAGUUCGUGACACAAUGCUUCGACCUGGGAGCUUGGAAAGAGAUAAGACAUCCAUGUCUCCGCUAUCACGGAAAGGAAAACAAGUCGGUAUCAUUACACCACCGUCAGAUAAGCCACCCGUUGUGGCAAGCCCAACGCUUGUUCCAAAGAGAUCAGUUGGCGAUCUAAUAUUCCAAAUGGAUGAUGAGCCAUCUCUUCACACCGACGGUCGACGUGGAGAUAGUCUGAGGCCAACACCGGCAGGUAGCUCCCGCGGCUCGCCACGAAACCAGCCUCAACCUUCAACUCCCGGCUCGGGACCUAGCCUAGGCCUAGACCUAGGACCAGCCACUUUCCCCCAACUUUCAGGAAAGCCGUCAUAUACCAACCUUCAGCCAUCUAGAGCCAUGUCUAAAGUCAAGGAUAUACCCCAGGCUCAAUCAACUAGUAGUAUCAACCAUAGCAUCACUCCAAAUUCUCCACCAGCGAAAGCCCCUUGGUCCUCUAUCACUCCAACAAAAACGCGUGCCGGCCUCAGAGACAUAAUGGCAGAGACCAACAAUUUAAGCACACCCCCGUAUCGUAUUGAAGGAGUCUCUCGCCCUGAAGCAGAAGCAACACGGAACUUCUCGCCAAAGCUAUCCCAAAAGGAACGCAAGAAGCUUAAACAGCAGCAGAUGGCCGCUGAACAGGAACACAAUGCUAUCAGCAAUACCCCCAUCUGGCAAAUACCCCAGUCGCCUAAUCUUAAACCAACAAAAGCCGAUACUGAUGUUGAUGCAACAUCAGUACCAGCACGUGCCGCUACACCAAAAGCACCACUUACUCUCCGCCAGACAGUAGCAGGUUCAAACGCAACUCCUGGUUCUUCAGUAUCCCCACAUAUAAAACCAACAUACCCACAGACGCCUCCCCGCACACAAGUCUCUAAAUCGAUGGUCAUCAAUGCGUCCCAGACAAAAUCCUCCGCAUCCCCCUCUGUCUCCGCUGGCCCAGGAACGUCCCAAAUAUCCCUUGCAACAAUUCUUCUUCAGCAACAAACUGAAAAAGAUGAAAUUCACGAAGCAGCAACAGCAAAACAUAACCUGCAUGAUAUCCAGAUCGAGCAAGAGUUCCAAGAGUGGUGGGACCAAGAAAGCAAGCGUGUAAUGCAAGAGGAGCAAGCCGCGGAAACCAAGGCUAAAUUGGAAAGCGAAAAGGCAAGAAGUAAAAGGGGGAGCUCCCAGCAGAGGUGGUGGGAGGGGACGAGGAAAGGAGGAGGACAAUCACGCCCAAACACUACCAGGGCCGUUGAAGGUUCUACUUCUAGACCUGCUGGCGCAGAGGCAACUUCGACAGCGAGACCAGUGGCAAAUAACCAAGCAGGACACCCACAUUCCCAGAGUCGAACAUCCGUUCAUACAGAUGAUAAGGAUAAGAAACGGCACUCAGACCGGGAUCGUGGCAGAGGUCGGCAUAGAGGUACACCCCGCACGAGGCGGUGGAACAGUUCGUGCCCAAAACGUUUAAUAUCUUCUUCAGUUGCCUAA